AUGACUCCGUCUCCCAUCCCACGCAAAGAGCGCUCUGAGGAGCAGUCCGCGGAUCGCUGUAGAGAUACAGGCGCCACCCAGCAGUCCGGCGAGAAGGACCGAGGCAGGGAUAAAGCUCGGAAGCGGCGCAGGGCCUCGGGCGGUGGCAGCAGCUCGGGGGCGCGGUCCCGCGCGGGCUCCAGCCGCGGCUCCAGCUCGCCCUCAGCAUCCGGCCGCUCAGGACGCUCCAGUGGGUCCCGCAGCUCCAGCUCCAGCAGCUCCCCCGGCUCUCCAAGGCCUUGGCGCCCCCGAGACCACAGGCGGCGGUCCGGUUCCAAACCCAAACCACCUGGACGAGACGAGAAGGGAAGCAGAAGGCGCAGCCCCGCCCCUAAGCCCACCAAAGUGCACGUCGCGAGGCUCACCCGGAAGGUGACCAGGGAGCACAUCCGGGAGAUAUUCUCCACCUUCGGGAGAGUUAGAGAGAUCGACCUGCCCAGAGAAAGGAUGCGCGCGCAUCCGUCUCAAGGCCACGCCUACGUGGAGUUCGAGAAUCCGGAAGAGGCUGUGAAGGCGCUCAAGCACAUGGACGGAGGGCAAAUCGACGGCCGGCGGAUCACAGCCACAGCCGUGCUGACCCCCCCGGCCCUAGCCACCCCCAGGCGACUGAGCCCUCCCCGGAGAAUGCUGCCACCGCUCUCCACGUGGCGCAGGCUGAGGAGGAGCAGGUCGCGUUCCCCUUGGGGCAUCCCCGAGCGCCGGCUACCCCGCUACUCCCGCCGCCCCCGUCACUGGAGCGGCCCAAGCUCCAGCUCCUUGCGAAGGAAGAUGGAAAAGUACUCAGGAUUGAUUCAAGGGCGGCAGGAGCUGAGAGGCCAUGGCAGCAUUCCCCGGUCACGGUGGAAGUGUUCCUAG